AUGUACAUAACUCAGGCUGUCGUAGAGAGCCGAAAGCUAAACAUUCCCCCGGACUGUGCAUUAGUGCUGGGAAAGGUUCCUAGGGGUGUGUCAGAUGAUGUCAUCCUGGAUGUACUAGAUACUGUUAAAGUAUGGGGGCGUACUAGGAUACGGGGUCGUUGGUGUUCAAAUACCGACCAUGAAGUCAUCUUAGUAGAGACUAAGAAUGUUUUAGAAGCAUCAUUAGUCCCUGCUAUGAUUGGUGUAGAAGGAGAAGCGGGACCUUGGCCAGUGUUUUUAGUGAAUGGCUUAGAAGGGGGGGAGCUUGGGGGUACCAGCAGCACAGUAAGGGAUCCCUCCCGGGAGCCAGAAGUUCCGGCCCGAGUUAGUGAGAAAACUGUAGCUGGGGAGGUUGUAGGCCCUAAAAUGGACCUUAGCUUGGAGUUGGUAAAAGCUAUAGGGGCAUUGAUGGAUCGUUGUGAGCAAGGGGCAGCGGAUGGACCUAGCUAUAGGAAGCUAAGAUUGUUUUCAGGUCUUAGACCAGUUCCUCCUGGAGAAGAGGACUAUGAGGUUUGGGCAGAACAAGCCAACCAGAUGGUUAGUGAGUGGCGAUGUUCGGAGGCCGCAAAAAAACAAAGGGUGGCGGAAAGUUUGCGGGGACCCGCCUCCGACAUCAUUAGAUUUUUGAAGGUUAGUGAGCCUUCAGCUACAGUGGUUGACUAUUUGGUUGCCCUCGAUACCACGUAUGGUUCCACCGAGUCUGGGGCUGAGUUAAUGGCUAAAUUUCGGUACACAUACCAAAAUAAAGGGGAACAGCUUUCACAAUUUGCUUACCGUUUGGAGAAACUACUCCACCAAGCUUUAGCAAAAGGGGGGAUAGCGAAAAAAGAAAUGAACGGAGUGCGUAUGGAACAAAUCACUAAGGGGGCUCUGAUUGAUGACAUGGUUGCCCUCAGACUCCGAGUUACUCGAAGUCUAAGGGAGCCGCCCUCCUUUUCUGAAUUGCUGAGAGAGAUUCGGGAAGAGGAGGCAUGGGGCCAGGCCUGGGAGAAGGUGAAAGCUCGUGUCUCCACCGCCUCUGCCCAUGCAUUGGAGAAAGAUGUGGAGUUAGACCAGUUGAGAAACGAGGUAAAAGGGUUGUCAGGUCAGGUGUCAGGGCUGUUGAAGGUGGCGGCCAUUAAGUCAACGUCUGGUGAGUCCCUUGGACGGACAGAGACUCGGCGGCAGCCCGGGUCAAAUGACGUGCCGGUAGACAGGGCUAGAUCCUCAACUACACCAAUGGAAAUUUUUUGCUAUAGGUGUGGUGAGGAUGGACACCUGAGGCGAGAUUGUCGAGGGGAGGAAGAUCUGCGCAAGGUAACCAAGAAACUGAUUGCCCGGCAGCAGGGAAACUUCCUCGGGGCCCUGUGA